AUGGUGGCAUUACAAAGAAAGAGGAAAGCAGAUGAUAGCAAGAAUGGUACUACAAAGAAAAUAAAGUCUUUGACAAAUCCAUCAGUUGUUUUACAUUCGUAUUCUAAAUUGCCUGAUAUCAACGAGAUUCCAAAACGCAAAACAACUCCAUUAGAUAUUUUCGUAUGGGGAACAGGUUCCAUGUGUGAAUUAGGUUUGGGUCCAUCAGCGAAAAAUAAGGAAGUGAAGAGACCGAGAUUGAAUCCAUAUUUAACUGAAGAACAUUUAAAUGGCACAAAAAUUGUUGAUUUUGCUGUUGGUGGUAUGCAUACUUUAGCAUUAGAUGGAAAAAAUAGAAUAUGGACUUGGGGUACCAAUGAUAGUAGCGUGUUGGGAAGGGAUACAACUAAAGUUAAAGAAGUUUUAAAAGAUGCAGAUGCAGAAAGUAGUGAUGAUGAAGAUGGAGAUUUAAAUGAAGCUGAAUCUACACCCAAUUUGGUCGAAAAUUUUAAACUUGAAAAGGAUCUAAAAAUUGUUCAGUUAGCCGCGACUGAUAAUUUAAGUGCACUUUUACUUUCAAAUGGUGAGGUUUAUGCUUGGGGUUGUUUUCGUUGUAAUGAAGGAUUAUUGGGUUUUUUAAGAUCUGAAAUAAAGAUACAACAAACUCCAAAAAAAAUUCAUGAAUUGAGAAAUAUUGUUCAAUUGGCUGGUGGAAAAGAUCAUUUACUUGCGCUCGAUUCUAAAGGUAUCGUUUAUGCUUGGGGAAAUGGCCAACAAUUUCAACUUGGUCGUAGAAUAUUGGAAAGACAUCGCUAUAGAACCUUAGAACCUCAACAAUUUGGAUUAUAUAAUAUCAAGUAUAUUUCUAGUGGAGACUUUCAUUGUUUUGCUAUAGAUCACGAUGAUAAUGUUUAUGCAUGGGGUUUAAAUCAAUACGGCCAGUGUGCAAUGACUGGAGCUAAUGGUGAAUUAGAAGAUGGUUCGGUCUUAACCAAGCCAACAUUAAUUCCAACAUUAUCUAAAAAGAAUAUAAUCGAAAUUGCAGCAGGAGAACAUCACACAUUAGCAUUGACCAAAGAUGGAGAUGUAUUUGCUUGGGGAAGAUACGAUAUGAAGGAAGUAGGAAUUUCUAGUGAUAAAUUACCUGAAUCUACAUUUAAAGAUCAACAUGGAAAACCAAGAUCCGUUCCAACUCCAACAAAACUUGAAUUUAAUUCAAAACAAGAAAUAAAAAUGAAAGCAAUUGGAGUAGGUUCUCAUCAUUCAUUUUCUGUCACUGAAGAUGGUUUCGUUUACGCUUGGGGCUUUUCUGAAACUUAUGCUCCAGGUUUGGGUCCUAUUUUAGAAGAUGUUGAAACUCCAACUCGAAUUGUCAAUACUGCCACUAAAUUUGAGGAUAUAUAUAUGAUCGGAGCUGGAGGUCAAUUUUCUGUAAGUGGUGGUGUAAAAAUUGAGGAUGAAGAUAAAGCUGAAGAAAGAAUUGAAAAAUACGAAGAAUUAGAGGAUUAA